AUUGCGGUGCUCGAGGGGGAGUCAUGGCUCUUUGUGCACCCUUUUGUAAUCGAUGCCAACUUCAGUGACGAAGAAUUCUCCUGGUACAGAAAUGACUCCGAGGUCCAUUACUUCAGCUCCUCUGAGGAAGAACGGAUCCAUCACCAUGGACCCGUGCUGUUUUUGCUCAACCUCACUCUGGAUGACUCCAGUCUCUACACCACCAGGUGGGAUACACCAUCGGGAAGGUAUUACAACUUAUGCAUAAAUGUGAGCGUUUUCCCGGCCAACAACCCUUGGGACCCUGAACUCCUCUAUUUCGAGAUUAAGAUCCCUGACGAGAACCCUGGUAUAUUAUGCCCAGAUGGUGUUUCACUUAUAUGCAAUGACAUGAAAGGAGAAAUCACCUGGUACAAGAACCUCACUCUUCUUCCAGGCGAGCAUGAGAAAACCCUGCGAUUGAAUGGUGCCACCAAGGAAGAUGAGGCCAUCUACACAUGCAUGUGCACUUGGAGACACAACAACUACACAUACAACUCUACUGCCUCUCGUUGGUUUCGUUUAGAAGAGCCCUCUUCCCACCAGCCACCACACAUCUUCUACCCCAUCCACAACGUUCACAUCGCUGACCAAGGCUCCAAUACGAAGCUGAAUUGCUCUGUGUUUUGUGGGAUGAACGCUGAUGGCACCUGUUCUGUUCAGUGGUUGAUGAACGGGCAGGAAAUCAGUAAGGAAGAUGGAUACAAUGUGAACGUCAGCAGUGUCACAGAUAAUAAGUCAAGGCAGACCAUCUCCACUGCUGUUUUGACCAUUGAAAAGGUUUCCGCUCAAGACUUCAAGGCCAAGUUUAAGUGCAUCGUUUACAGCAGCCACCCAACGCUGGAGUUUGAGUUAACACUCGAGCAAAGAGCCACCAUGACUCCACACAUCAUCAAAGGAGUGUGUGUUGUGCUGCUGUGUCUGUUGCUAGCUGCAACCAUCAAGUACUUCACUGUCGACCUCGCUCUCCUCUUCAGACAGUUACUGAGCUCCAGCCGUCACCAUGAUGGGCUUUCUGCCAGAAAGCUUCAGGGCUUGGAAGCGAUUGUGGAAAAACCCAAGAAACAUCCAAGAAAAGUUUCUGAUGCAGCCGAUCGAAGGAACUCGGCAUUCAGAGGAAGGAUUAAAGUGUUCAGAAAACGAGUACAAGAUGAGAAAAUGUCUGACUUUGAAGGAACCGAAAGGUGCAAUAAUAUCAGGAUCUAUGGUGUCCUGGAGGACACCAAAGGCACCUCCGCAGUGGCGUUCAUUGAAAACCUGAUAAAGAGUACCACUGGAUGGAGCCGGGGGACAAAUGGGAAGGAGUACGAUGCCUACGUCAUCUACCAGGCGCAGAGGUGCAACAUGGCCAUGGAGAAAACACUCAGUCACUUUGUCAUUGACGUUCUGCCCUCAGUUCUGGAGAAGACGUGUGGCUUCAGACUCUUCAUCCAUGACAGGGAUGAGUUACCCGGGGAAGAUCACCUGGAGCUGGUGGAGAUGCGCAUGAGGCUGAGCAGGAGGCUGAUGGCCAUACUCACCGCGGGGCCGGAGCCGGGGUCAGAUGACACAGAGCAGUACAAAGCCUCCCCAAAACACCUCGUGGUUGGCGGCUAUGAUUGGCAGGUGGGGCUCCAUCAGGCGCUGAUCCAGAGAGAAAUGAGUGUUAUUCUUAUCCAGCUGGAAGACAUUGGGCCGCAAGGAUACACACACCUGCCUGUUGGCUUGCAGCACCUGGUGCGCACGACUGCUCCUCUCAGGUGGCGGGAGGGCUCACGAGGCGCUGCGGCUUCGAACACCAGGUUCUGGAAGAGAGUACGCUACAUGAUGCCUGUCACACCCUCCAAAAACAAAUGUUCAAAUCUCGGUUCAUAAUCUGCACUUUACUAAAAGUUUGGAACCGUGCUUAAACUGGCGUCAAAGCCCUGAUAGGGUGUCUUGAAUGUAAAAAUAAAAGUCAUCAGUUGACAAGGAAAACUCAAUCAGUCACUAAUUUAGCUUGAUGCAUGCUGCUACCCUGUGGCCUGUAAGCACUUCCAUUUUGACCAAUAUCAGCCCUGAAGUGUGACACACAAAAUCACUGAAAAACACAAAAUGUUAAAACGAGAAAUUGUGAAAAAAAAUAUACAUAGUUUUUCUUAAUGCUUUUGUUUUCUUAAACGUUUUGAAGUGUUUCAGUAUUUUUGUGUUUUGUUCUUAAUGUUUGUAUUUUCUUAAUGAUUCUAAAUUUGUGUUAAUAUGUUAAUGCAUUUUUUUUCACUGUGACUGGUUUCCACGACACCUUCUCCGUCGUGAUAUUGGGCUAUACAAAUAAAAUUGAUUUGAUUUGAUUUGAU